AGUUUUCUGAAGAAGACACAGCCCAGGCUAUCUCUUUAAAAGAGUGUGUCCUGGUGCUGACUAGUGAGUUUUCCCUCCCUCCUAUAAAAGCCCGGCGCUCUCCCCUCCUACUGCAGUCACUUCUCCUCCGGCCCGGCCAACAUGAGUUUCACCGUAGAGCACCACUUCAUGGGCCCGGGCUCGUACCGCAAGGCUCGGCCCGCCUCGGUGUCCUCCAGCGGCUUUCACUCCCAGCGCCGCCGCCACACCUACAGCCAGCCAUCCUCCAUCGACAGCCUGGAGACGUUCAACGGCGACAUGACGCGGAGGAGCGAGAAAGAGAUCCUGCAGGCUCUCAACGACCGGUUCGCCGGUUACAUCGACAAGGUGCGGAACUUGGAGAUGCACAACCGCAACCUGGAGGCUGAGGCGGCGGCGCUGCGGCAGAGCCAGGCCGGACGCGCGUCUGUUGGGGAGCACUACGAGCGGGAGCUGUGUGACCUGAGGGGUCUCCUGCAGCAGCUGACCGGGGAGAAGGCCCGCGCGGCUCUGGAGCACGAGCACCUGGAGGAAGACAUCCAGCACCUGCGGGUCCGGCUGGAGGAUGAGGCGCGCAACCGGGAGGAGUUGGAGGCUGGCGUUCGCACCAUGAAGAAGUACGUGGAGGAGUGCCGGCUGGCGCGCCUGGAGCUGGACAAGAAGAUGUGCGCCCUGGAGGAGGAGGCCGCUUUUCUGAAGAAGAACCACGAGGAAGAAGUGGCGGAGCUCCUGGCGCAGAUUCAGGGCGCGCAGGUGAGCUUCGACAUGCGGGACGCGCUCAAGGCGGACGUCACCAGCGCACUGCGAGAGAUCCGCUCACAGCUGGACACUCACGCAUCCAAGAGCGCAACGCACGCCGAGGAGUGGUUCAAAGUGCGUAUGGAGCGCCUGUCCGAAGCUGCUAGGUCUAACCAGAAUGCAAUCCGUGGAUCCCAGGAGGAGAUUGCAGAAUACCGCCGCCAGCUCCAGAGCCGCACCAUUGAGCUGGAAACUCUUCGGGGAACCAAGGAGUCACUGGAGAGGCAGCGUAUAGAGAGCGAAGACAGACACCAAGAUGACCUCAACUCACUACAGGAGACCAUCAACCAGCUGGACAAUGAGCUGAAAACUACCAAAUGGGAGAUGGCCAGCCAGCUGAAAGACUAUCAGGAGCUGCUGAAUGUGAAGAUGGCUCUGGAUAUUGAGAUUGCUGCUUACAGGAAGCUGCUGGAGGGAGAGGAGAAUCGCUUUGUUUCAGGUGGCGGCCCGUACUCUUAUCUGGAAGGCAGAAUCUCUGCCCACUUGAAAAUGAAAGGAGAAGAGAUCUCAGAUACAGUCAUCGUAGAGGAGCAGACAGAUGAGACUCAGGUGACGGAGGUGACAGAAGAGGCCGAUGAGGAAGAGGAAGAGGAGGAGGGAAAGAAUGAAGAAGCAGGAGAGGAGGAAGAGGAAGGAGAGGAAACCAAAGAAGAGGAGGAGGGAGAAGCUGAGGAAGGCGAGAAUAAGGAGGAAGAAGGAGAGGCAGAGGAAGAGAAGGAGGAAGAAAAGGGAGAGGAGGAAAAGGAGGAAGGAGAGGAGAAAGGAGAUGAAGAAGAGGCAGGUGAGGAAGAAGAGAAGUCUAAAUCUCCAGAAAAGGCUGCAUCUCCUCCCUCAAAAUCCCCUCAGCCUAAAUCUCCUGUUGUCAAAUCACCAGAAUCUAAAUCACCACAAAAAUCACCAGAAUCUAAAUCACCAGCAGCCAAAUCCCCGAUGCCCAAAUCACCUGAAAAGUCCCCUGCAGUCAAAUCUCCUGCAGGAGACGAGUCAAAGUCACCAGUGUCAAAAUCCCCACCCAGCAAAUCCCCUGAGCCUAAAUCUCCUCCUCCCAAGACCCCUGAACCAAAGUCUCCAGAGAAGGAGGUGGCCAAGCCUGUUGCUGUCAAAGACACCCCUAAAGAGGAGAAAAAAGAGGAGAAAAAGGAGGAGAAGCCUCAGCCUGAGAAGGAGGAAAAGAAGGAAAAAGAACAGCCAGUGAAGGAGGAGAAGAAAGAGGAGCCCAAAGAGAAAGAGGCAGCCAAACCUGAUACAAAGAAAGAGAGCAAAGCAGAGGAAGCACCAAAAAAGGAAGAACCUUCAAAACCUGCGGCUCCCAGCAAACCUGCCGAGGACAAACCAGCCCCCAAAUCUGAGCCCAAAGAGAGCGCUCCCCCUGCAAAGGAGGAGAAGCCCUCUGCUCCGAAACCAGAGAAGGCCGAGCCGGAGGCAAAGCCAGCCCCUAAAGCAGAGCCUGAGAAAACAGAAAGCAAGAAGGAGGAGAAGAAGCCAGAGGAGAAGAAGCCAGAGGAAAAGCCUGCACCUAAAGUAGAACCCGAGAAAACAGAAACCAAGAAAGAGGAGAAGAAGCCGGAGGAGAAAAAGGAGGCUAGUAAAGCAGAGAGUAAAGAGGCUGCAAAGAUGGAGAAGGCUGAGAAGUCCUCUGGCACCGAGUCAAAAGAGAGCAAGGAGGAAAAGGCCAAGAAGUGAAAUGUCAAGUUUCAGGGCUAGAAGAGGAGGAGAUGCCAAAGAACUAUGAAGGAGGGAGGCGAAUAAAAGCUAAAAGCAGGGUAAAUAGAUAAAAAAGGAUGUACUGAGGUCUUCAGAUGGGCAAUCAAUGUCCAAAGCAGAGCAGGCCACAGUAUGUAAGCAAUAGUGAUUUCUGUAGCAAAUAACCCCGUGCUCCCUAAGUAUGGCCAUUACAAACCCCUGAUGCUUCUGAUGUAUGAUUGUAGUGAAUGCAGAAUGCUCUAAACUCUUUAUCUGAAUGUGACAACUGCCCUUAAUGAAUAAAUAACAAGUGCAUUUAAACUGAAUCCCGAUGAUGGGUGCAGCGGCGUCCUGCUGUGCCCACACAAGCCUUCAAGGGUAGUGAUGUCAAAACAACGUCAAGCUAAAGAUUGUGACAGAUGUUGAAUACAAAACAUGUAUAUUUAAGGAGAUACAAAUGUCUAUAUUAUAUUUACAGAUACACCAGUCAGAAAGACUUGAAUUUUUUUGCUUGUGGUGCACCUUAACGCAGCUUCUCCUGACAGGUGAAACUGCAGUGUCUCACUCGUCUAGUCUGCAACGCUAGGACAAUGAUGACUGUGCUAUGUAUAAACUGCUGAGAAUAUGCAAUAUGAAACAGUAAAUAAAGAAUGAAAAAUCAAACGCGA